GGACAGGCUGAGCUUUGGGUCACGUGGUCUAACAACAUGGCGGCUUCAGUAGAGGGAUUCAGAGUGAGUCGGAGCUCACAGCCAGCAAACCAGUUCUGGGUUGUAGCGGUCGUGUGGAUCUGCGAGCGUUUAAACUAGAGAGUGGCACUAAGUUGAUGAGGAUAGAUAAUAAUCAGUGGGGUUUAAAGUUUAGCUCUGCAUAGCCUGUGAAGGGGAAAAGGAACAUUGGCGUCAAAGCAUCAAGGGUAGUGAGAGGUUUAGAGAGAGAGAGAGAGAGAGAGAGAGAGAGAGAGAGAGAACUUGUCGCUGCAGUGCAGAGCUUUUUGUCCACUGGAUUUAACACCAAUAACAUGGCUAUCCUUGUUUUCGAUAACGAUGAAUAUAGACCACCAGUGUGGAAGUCUUACUUGUAUCAGCUCCAGCAGGAGGCGCCACAUCCUCGGAGAGUCACAUGCACCUGUGAGGUUGAAAACAGGCCCAAAUACUACGGGCGAGAGUACCACGGCAUGAUCUCCAGAGAGGAAGCAGAUCAGCUGCUGAGUGUGGCAGAAGGAAGUUACCUCAUCAGAGAGAGCCAGAGACAACCUGGCACUUACACCCUAGCCUUACGCUUCGGGAACCAGACCCGCAACUUCCGCCUCUAUUACGAUGGCAAGCACUUUGUGGGAGAGAAACGGUUCGAGUCGAUCCACGACUUGGUCACAGAUGGCCUGAUCACGCUUUACAUCGAGACCAAAGCAGCUGAGUACAUCUCUAAGAUGACUAUUAACCCCAUUUAUGAGCACGUGGGAUACACCACGUUGAAUCGUGAGCCAGCACUGAAGAAACCUGCACCCGUCAGCACAGAUACACCUGACUGGAAGGAGCCACCCAGCGAGGAAAGUGGCCUGGAGGAGAGGCUCAGCUCGCUGGUGCGCCGGGCCACGCUGAAGGACAACGACCGCGUCCCCAAGUAUGAGAAAGUCCACAACUUUAAGGUACACACGUUCAGAGGGCCACACUGGUGCGAGUACUGUGCCAACUUUAUGUGGGGGCUUAUUGCUCAGGGGGUCAAAUGUGCAGACUGUGGCUUGAACGUUCAUAAGCAGUGCUCCAAGAUGGUUCCCAACGACUGUAAACCAGACCUGAAACAUGUGAAGAAAGUGUACAGCUGUGAUCUGACCACUCUGGUAAAAGCCCAUAAUUCCAAACGACCCAUGGUGGUGGAUAUGUGCAUACGGGAGAUCGAAUCACGAGGUCUGAAGUCAGAAGGUCUUUACAGAGUGUCUGGCUUCAGUGAUUUAAUUGAAGAUGUCAAGUUGUCCUUCGACAGAGAUGGGGAGAAGGCAGACAUCUCAGUGAACACGUAUGAAGAUAUUAACAUCAUCACCGGUGCUCUUAAGCUCUACUUCAGGGAAUUGCCCAUUCCUGUUAUCACAUACGAUGCAUAUCCACGCUUCAUCGAGGCUGCCAAGCUGACAGACCCAGACGAGCGUCUCGAGGCGCUUCACGAGGCCCUAAAGCAACUGCCUCCUGCUCACUGUGAAACUCUGAGGUAUCUGAUGGGUCAUUUAAAAAGGGUGACCCAGAACGAGAAGGAUAACCUGAUGAACGCAGAGAAUUUAGGGAUUGUGUUUGGUCCCACUCUGAUGCGCGCUCCAGACCUCGAUGCCAUGACAGCACUAAACGACAUUCGUUACCAGAGGCAGGUGGUAGAGUCUCUCAUAAAGAACGAAGACAUCCUCUUCUAACCUGUCCAUCAUGUCACCUCCUAUAUGAAGGAUCAGGGUUUUUUUUUUUGUUUUGUUUUGUUUUUUUAAAUAAUGGACUGCAGCUCAUGCUGCGUUUCUUUUUGUGCGAAGACUUGAACCUGAAUAUGAAGGACCAUUGUAUAAUAGUCCAUUCUUUCCACAUCUUGUGGAUGAGCUCUAAUUGUUUAACGCUCUAUUUUUUUCUCGUUUAAUGGGCGUGGAUUAUGUACCUUAAAUUUGCAUGUCUUCCUCCCCAUUUUUGUCGGGGGUUAAGCUAACUGAAUUGUGAGACUCUUCAGAGCCAGCAUUUGUUUAUUUUGUGACGGUUUAAGGGUUACUGAGGAAUAAAGGCUAACCUUAGCCUUCUUCUGCAGCAUGUGAAGAACUCGUGAAAUCUGAUGCGUUGUGACUGUACUUUUAUUUGUCCCAUGUGUGUACAUUAGUUCCUACUUGCCAAACGGGUUUUGUGUUUUGUGAGAAACUGUAAAUGUGAUAUUUCCCAGUGAAUUUUGAUGACACUUUACUUGAAAAGCUUAAAGUAAAAGCUGCUUUAGAAGACAUUAAGUCAUAAACAAGAAACUACUGUAAACUCAUUGUAGGCUUUAUAGUUAACAGGUGUAGUGGCAGUAACAGCAUGCAUUAAUGUGGUGAAUUCCAGCUUUCUUGGGUUUACUCUUAACUUCAACAGAUUUCAUUUUGUUUUUGCUGAGUUGUUUAUAUGGUUUUCUGUAUGCCCGGUGUUUUAGUUUUAAAUUUGUACUGAGUAUCUCAUGAGUGUCAUGUUACCAACAGUCCUCAAUAACUUUUCAAGUAAAGUGUCACUGUUGAAUUAUUUUUUUUCUUUCUUUCUUUUCUUUCUUCUGUCUCUGCCUAUAAUCUGCCUUUUUAAUGCAGUACCUCUUCAGCUCUACUGAUGAAGGACAAUACAAUCCAUUUACUAAUCAGUGUCUAUCAUAGACGUCUGUCCUUUACACAGAUCUCUUGCACUCAGAACAGAACUGGCUGGUGUUUUUUGGUUGUAAUGUUUUUGUAUUUGAUUUGCUCAUGGAUUAAUUUAUUAAACGUCACUUUUAGAAA